GUCAAAUUUUUAGUCCACCGCGUAUCAGGGAAACAGACACAUUUCUUUUCUUUUCUCUCUCUCUUUCUUUCUUAUUUUUCUCUCUCGUCGCUUCUCCCACUCUCUCACUUUCUUCCUUUCUUUCUCCGAUCAACGCAGCCGAAGCUCUCAUCGACCAGGUUGGGUUGCUAUUUUUCGACCAUCGCUUGCCUCUUUCUCUUCAAAUUAGGCCAAACAAAGGGUUCAACAUGCUAGAUUUCAACAUAGGGUGCAACACGAUAGGGUACAACAUGAGGAUAGGAUUCAUGGUCAAUGAUGCUUUUGGUAUUGGGGAUGGGAUGGAAUCCGAACGGAAUUUAGAAGAUCCCAAUGAAGAAGCAAGAGGUUUCUAUCAAAACUCAGAAGAGGCUACUCACCCAUUAUGUGAAGGGAGUUUGCAUUCUGCUUUAUCUGUUGCAGUUAGAUUAAUGAGUAUCAAAUCUGAUUGGAAUGUUGCUCAAGCUGCUAUGGACUCUAUGGUCAGUCUUUUGGGUAAACUAGUAAAUCCAGAGUUGAACAUACCUCAAAAUUUUUAUCAAGCAAAAAAAUUGGUUUCCAAGUUGGGAUUGUCAUAUAGUAGAAUCGAUUGUUGUAUAAAUGGUUGUAUGUUGUUCUAUAAGAAUGAUGCUGAAUUAGAAAAUUGUAAGUUUUAUGGACAUGCUCGUUAUAAGCGAACUCCCGGUGGAAAGAUGGUUUCUAUUAAGGCGAUGCACUAUUUACCUCUUAUACCUAGGCUAAAGAGGUUGUAUGCUUCGAUGAGUUCUACCCCACACAUGAAAUGGCACCAUGAAAAUAAAAGGCCACCAGGUGUCUUAUCUCAUCCAUUAGAUGGAGAAGCUUGGAAGCACUUCGAUAGAACUUAUCCUGAUUUUGUUAGUGAACUAAGAAAUGUUAGAUUGGGGUUGUGUGCAGAUGGUUUCACACCGUUCUCUAAUUCUGGCACACCUUAUUCUUGUUGGCCUAUAUUUAUUACUCCAUAUAAUCUUCCAUCUGAAAUGUGCAUGACAUGUCCUUACAUAUUUCUAAGUUGUAUUAUUCCAAGUCCCCGCAAUCCAAAAAGUUUGAUCGAUGUAUAUCUCCAGCCAUUGAUAGAUGAUAACUACAAUUAUGGCAUGAAGGUGUAGUGACAUAUGAUAUAUCAACUAAGCAAAAUUUUGUUAUGCGUGCCAAUUUAAUGUGGACUAUUAGCGAUUUUCCUGCAUAUGGGAUGUUGUCUGAUUGGAUGACUGCUGGAAAGUUAGCUUGCCCAUAUUGCAUGGAAAAUAGCAAAGCAUUCACUUUAAAGUAUGGUCAAAAAAAUUCUUGGUUUGAUUGUCACCGCCAGUUCUUACCAAUGGACCACUAGUUUAGAAGGAUGAAAAAUGCGUUCAGAAAGAAUAAGAUUGAGAAUGAUCCGCCACCUUCAUUACUGUCAGGACAUCAGAUUUGGGAGAGAGUUUGUAAUUUGCCUAAAGUUACAGAUGGUCUACCUUCUAGACUUCCUGGAUAUGGUAUUGAACAUAAUUGAACCAAACAAAGCAUAUUUUGGGUGUUACCAUAUUGGGGGACAGUAAACUAAGACAUAAUUUUGAUUCGAUACACAUUGAAAAAAUUAUUUUGAUAAUUUAUUCAACACAGUCAUGGAUGUUAAGGGCAAGAAACACGAUAAUUCAAAAGCUAGAAUGGAUAUAAAGGAGUAUUGCAAGAGAAAAGAAUUGUGGUUGAAGGAAAAAGAAAACGGUAAAUUGUUUAAGCCCAAGGCCAGUUUUUCAUUCACAUUAGAUGAGAAAUAGGAAAUAUGUGAGUGGGUUAAGAAUUUAAGGAUGCCCGAGGGCUAUUCUUUGAAUUUAGGAAAACGAGCGGAUAUGAAAGAAGGGAAGUUAAUUGGUAUGAAAAGCCAUGAUUGUCACAUUUUUAUGGAAACCUUGAUUCCUAUCGCAUUUAGUCACCUUCAUGAGAGGAUAUGAAAACCAAUCACAGAGAUAAGUUUGUUCUUCAAAGAUUUGUGUUUGGUAAAGUUGUUGGAGAGUAUCUUGGACAGAAUGGAGCAGAAUAUUCCUGUCAUCACUACUAAGUUGGAGAAGAUCUUUCCAUGUGGCUUUUUUGAUGUGAUGGAGCAUCUUUCAAUUCACCUAGUAGAAGAGGCACGUGUUGGAGGCCUAGUUCAAAUGAGGUGGAUGUAUCCAAGAGAGAGGAAAAUUGGCGAGUGCAAACAAACUAUCAAGCAAAGGGGAAAGAUUGAAGGAUCGAUUUGUGAAGCUUAUCUUGCAAAAGAAACUGCUUAUCUUUGUUCUUACUACUUUAGGGAUGAAGUGCCAUGCAAGAGAAAUAGGUCCAAUUGUAAUUAUGAAGGUGAUGGUAAUCCUAUGUUUCCACCUAUAUCAAUUUUUAACAAUUCGGGUAGAUGAUCUAAAAGUUAUUGUACGCGAGCCCUCACUGGGAUGGAAAGAAAAUCUAUUGUGACACAUGUUUUGCUCAAUUGUCCAGAGAUUCAACCAUAUCUUGAUUUAUUUAUUGGCAAAUGGGGUAAUGAUGCCAUAUAUACGAGGUUUUUCGAUUGGCUGGAAGAAUACGGACUGUUGUGCUUUAGAUGUAUCAAACGUGCUUGUCAAGUAAAAGAAAACUCCUAGGAGCAAGCAAUUAACAAUCUGCAGGCACCUUAUGCCAGGUCCACACUCAGAUACUAAGAGGGGUGGAUUUUCCAGCAGUCCACCACUGGACUCAUUAAAUGGGUCUUUGCAUAGCUCGGACAAAUGACAUUCGGUGGUAGCGGUGGUUGGCCUCAUCCUGCCAUAUAUGCAUACCUCUUCAUCAGGGAGGUUAUGUCCCAUUUGGCACUGGUAAUUCUGUAGAUUAUCAUAGUCCUAGAAAGCAGCGACAGGUGUGCACUUCUUAUGUUCCACAUAAUUUCAGGCCUCCUAUAGAUAUAGGGACUUCGAGAUUAUCAUCUGGUACUCCAUCCCCUCGCUAUUCAUCCCCCCACCUCUCAGGAUUGCGGCUGACGGCUGAGAGACAACUCUGACUCUGAUGCACAAACAUCUACUACCCAGUUAACGAACCUUGGGUACUCCCGGGGGUAGCAUCCGCAUCUGGAUCUGCACCUCCCCCUCCCCCUCCACCUGUAGCAGAUGAUACUGAUGCGCAUUUGAUUGGUCUCAUUCCUGGAGAUUAGGACAAGGACAGGCUUGGUAGAGUCUUUAAUGGAUCUACGUGGCAUCCCGCAUCAAAAGAAGUUAAUAAGGCAGUAAAAGAGAGCGUUAGGUGGUUUUUUUCACAACCUUGGCACAGUUGUCGGAGAUUCCAGACCAUAGACAAGCCAUGUUUGAAGAGUUCAAGGAGAAGGACUUGGUCGCGAACCGACUCGACUUGAGGUCUUCAGACUAACACAUCUGCGGAGAAAAAUGAAUGAGUCAGACCCGGAUACGUGGGUUGAGCCCAGGGCUGAAAAUGCCAAUAAUGAAUUUAUACUACUUGUCUGAAUUUGGUUUAAUCGAGCCUACACAGGAGGAAUCAGGUAAAAUUUGGACUGAAAAAAGUGACGGAAGGAAAAAAAAAAAGGGGAAAACCAAUGGGUUUGGUUCUCGAAAUGAGUUACGACGUCUUCGUGCUGGAUGAGCUGGUAUUGGUUCCUCGCGCCAGGCUGAGGCGAUUGACGGUGUUCAGCUUGCUCCUAUGUCGCAGCAAAUUACAGAUCUUUCACGUGCCUUCGCACAAUCCGUUGCUCAAAUUAAAGUCAUGAGCAAGACUGUUGAGGAACUCAAGAAACAAGUGGUUAGCAUGAGUCCCGUCGUCACCGUUCUCCAUCUCCCGAUUCAAGUAGCAAAGAAGAAACAAAAAGUGAUGAGUUUGUUGACACUACUCCUUAGUGUUACUUGGAUUUGCUUCUAGACUUUUUUUAGACAUUAACGUUUGAACUUAACUUUUAACUUUUGGAUUCAAAAGCUUAAAGACUUAAGUGUUUUGAAUGUUUUUGAAUUACCUGUUUUGAAUGUUUUUGAAUAUUGGAUUAGUGUUUUGGGAUGUUGUUGAAGCGUUGAUGAUCUGAAUUACUUAAAUGUUUUGAUAAUGUAGUUUUUUGUAUGAUUAG